AUGGCAGAGGAAAGUAAACUUGACCUUGUGGAUGCUACAGAAAAGAGGUUUCGCACAGAUCCCUCGCCUAAGCCAGAAUAUCCGAAUUCAAAGGAUGCUUUAAAAGAGAUGGAGUCUGGAAACUCAGCGUUAAAUGACAAGGUGAAGAAGAAGAAGAAUAAAGGAAAGGGUAAAGAGAGUGAGGAUACAGAGUUCACGACAAAGUUACCUACCGUGAUGAAGAAGUCAAAGGGAAAGUAUAAGAUCGAAUCUCCUUACGAAUGGAUCACAUGCAUGAUAAGCUCUGAUGACAUGUGUGCACAGGUGGGGAAGCUCUUAAAGGACAACUACUCAAGCGUGGGAGCGUGCGAUUACUCCAACGAGUUUCUAAGGUGGGCACUGCAGCCACCUGGUUAUAGAAAGGACUGGCUUAUUGGAGUACGUGUGAUGCCCUCAAGCACUCUAGUUGGUUUCAUCAGUGCCGUGCCAGCCAUGAUCAGCGUGGAUGGUGACCUUGUUGAAAUGGCCGAGAUCAAUAUCGUGUGCGUUAAGAAAGACCACAGGAAUAAAGGAAUUUGCACUGCCAUGAUCAAGGAGCUGACUACAAGGGUAGGAGGAGGCCACACGGCUUUAAUCAACUACAAACAUGUACCGACAAGUAUACCAACCGUUACCUGCCAGUAUUGGAACAAUACCUUGAUCCACGUGUUACCAACUGGAGGAGAGGUGGUCGGGGAGAGAUUCAGAGAAAUGAAACCGGAUGAUGUGCCUUCUGUUACCCACUUGCUCAAUGGUUACCUAAGCCGCUUUAGAGUUAGACCAGUUUUUGAUGAAGACACGGUUUCACACUGGUUUCUUCCGAGGCAAGGAAUCGUCUCCAGCUUUGUAAGGGCAAGCGGUGAAAAGCUCACCGACUUCGGGAGCUUUUACUGGCAGCGAGUGAAUCAGCGAGUGGAUAAGAAACUCCUCAACAUCAAAUAUGGUUGCAUGUUUUAUUAUGCGAGUGUAGAAACAGUUGAAAAUGUGAUAAGAUACCUGGUGAAAGUCGCUAGAGAAUCUAAUUUGGACGCUUUCAGCAUUGUGAGGGCGAUGGAGUUGGAGGAAAGCUUUCUGACGAAGCUGCAUUUCGAAAAGGGAGACUCUUUUCACUACCAUCUACCGAGCUGUGUCACAGGGGUUGAUCCCUUGGAUAUAGGGCUGCUUAUCAAAGCCCUUGAGUAA